CGGGGCUGAGGAAGCGGAAGCUCUUCCCCCCGGCUCGGAAGCGACACGGCGGGUUCUGGCGGCUAUGGCUGACGAGGAGGAGGACGCGCCGUUUGAAGAAGACGCGGAAGAAGCCGGCGGGGGCCUGGACGGCGGGCAGGGCAAGAGGAAGAGGCUGUUCUCCAAAGAACUAAGGUGCAUGAUGUAUGGAUUCGGGGAUGACCAGAACCCUUACACAGAAUCAGUGGACAUUCUUGAGGACCUGGUAAUAGAGUUUAUCACAGAAAUGACACAUAAGGCCAUGUCCAUUGGGCGGCAGGGUCGUGUACAGGUUGAGGACAUUGUCUUUCUAAUCCGCAAGGACCCCCGGAAGUUUGCCAGAGUUAAAGACCUCCUAACAAUGAAUGAAGAACUGAAACGAGCCAGAAAGGCCUUUGAUGAAGCAAACUAUGGAUCUUGAUUCUGUGCGCAGGGUGCACUGGGGCAUUACUUGAGCACCUGCUGCCCAAAAGGAAGGAAUGUCGUGUGUGUUGUUUGGAGGGGUUAUUCAGGCUGGAGGUGGUCACAGACAUCACUGCUGGGAUGUCUAACCUCACUCCCAGUCUUUUCUGAAAAGUAUUGAAGCAGCUGAAUGUUAUCGGAUUGUAUGUGGUAUACUUACGUAUUUUUAUACCAUUUUAUGAAAUGAGAAGAGAACUCUGAAGAUUUUUGUAAUGGCAGGAAGUCUGUUUGAAGGAGGACUAUGUUGAAUCGGAGAUCUAGAGGGCUAAUGGUGGGUGAUUCUCUACAACUGUUUCAGUUGUAGAGAAAGGAAACCCAGGCAAUGGAUCUUGGCUGACUGGACAAAGUCUUCAAGGCCAAACUGCCAGAGAACUUCUGCUCUUUGCUCUGUACAUGCUCUUUGAAUAAAACAUGUUAAGUUUGUGCCCACUCCUAACUAAACUUACAUUGACCAAUUUAUACAAGGUGCAUAAUACAGAUUUUUUUUUAGCACUUAAUUGCCUGGGAAGGUUUAUAUUUUUUUCUGUUCCAGUCGGUAAAGCUCUUGUUUCCUAACAAUAUUAAGCCUAAGAAAUUUGAGUUAACCUAUUACAGAUUUAUUUGCACUUACAGCCUUUCUUUACCCCUGUUAGGCAGGUGCUCUACAAUAAAGCAGAUUCCUGUUCUUCA